GAGCAAAGUGAAGUGGAACUUGCUUGAAGUUGACAUGUCAACAAAAACUUGCGUACCCAGAGUUCUGUUCGGUCAUCGUCUGUUUUGAUGAAUUGUGUGGUAUAAGUUUUCGCGAAACAGCUCCGCUUGACGUUUGCGGAUUGUCAAACGUCAUGAAUGUACAGCAUAACGUGAUGCCAAUGCAUUAAUUAUUUAAUAAUGCAAGCAUAGAAAGCUCAAAGAAAAAGAAGAAAGAAAUAAGAAGAAAUGGGGCUGGUUAGCUAUGAAAUGCCAACUGUCCAUUGUGAUCUUCGUCAAGAAGAAAUGAUAAUCCAAAUUGCAGAUGCCUUAGAUUAUUUGAAUAAUGUUGUGAGUGACAUGUUACAACGGAUCGACUCAAAGAUAUCGAAGAGCAAGAUGAAACUAAAUGAGCUGAAGCAGAGAGCAGCUGUGGCCAAUGCUAAAGUAAACAAACUGACUGGAAGUAAAAAAGCAACUAAAGUCCUUUCCAGUGCUAAGUAUCCAGCUAAAGAUGUUCACAAAAAUUAUGAGUCCAUAUUCAACAUAACCAAACCAUUGGAAUUUAAAUAUUCUGAUAUAAAUAUCAAAUCUAAACAUCAGCAUCCAGAUGCUUCUGAGUUGCAGGACAGAUUGCAGUUUUUUCAUGUAAAAGUUAGCAGUAAACUGUUAAGAAGAAAUAUGGAAAUUGCCCCUGAAGAAGGACUGGGGAGUCUCCCUAGUGAUGUGGACUCUAUUAGCUCCCUACUCCUAUUCAACACUUCUGAAAACCCGUACAAGCGUUAUGUCAUGCUGGAUCCUCUUGGUGCUCUAACAAAGUCUCGGCAAAUUUUGGAUGAAGACGAACACCAUAUGGAAGCUGCUCCACUGUCAAUAUCUCAGCGGGAGCAGCUAGAGCACGAUACAGGAGAGAACUACUUCUAUUCACCAGAUCUUGGAGAGGUCCCACAAAUAGAUGUUCCGCUUGAUCUUCCUGACUUACCAGGAGUUGCCGAUGACCUCCGCUACAGUACGGAUUCAGAGCCUACGAUCGCACCAUCAGUUACUACAACUCCAGCCAUGCCAGACCUGCCUGGUCUGCUGUCAGAAACACCUGUUUCGUCAAUGUCUCUCCCGGAGCUGCCAGCAGUACCUUCGGCAGUUAUGGCAGUGCCUGAAGUUCCGCCAGCAGGGCCUCCCCUAUUUUCAUCCUCACCAGCCACUCUGCCUCCAGCUACUGCUUCUCCUCCACCGCCUCCACCUCCACCCCCACCACCUCCACCACCACCCCCUCCACCUCCACCUGCGUUACUUCCAGGUGAACACAACACCACCGCUCCUACUGAUGUUGACUCUGUUAAGGAGCGUCCACCUCCCAAAGGUGACUCUGGUACUGAUGUCAGAGCUAACUUGAUGGAAGCUAUCCGAAAAGCUGGAGGGUCAAAAAAUCUCAGGUCUGUUAAAGACAGGAAGAUUGAAGCCAAGAAGAAAAAGAAUGAAGAGAAGCAGACUGGUGUGAGCAGCAGUGGUGGUGCUGGCAGCAAGCCACCUGAUGUUGGUGGUGGUGGCGAUUUCAUGGCAGACCUGCAUGCAAAAUUAGCAAUGCGAAGAAAGGGAAUAUCUGGAGCAAAAACAGAUUCCCCAGCUGCAGGUGUGAUGAGUAGGGUUUCUGCAAUGAUCCCACCUCCAGAAGCAAUACCUGAUGCGGCAUCAGGAAGUGCAGAUUACAAUGAUGAUGACUGGGACUAACUGAAAUUUGCAUGUAAAAAGCUAUAAAUCUGUAAAUGCUAUUUAUUACUUAAAUUUGAUUAAGUUAAAUUUACAUUUUGAAGAUUUAUGGAGAUAUUUAGCAAAAUUGUGAAAAAUUUAUAUUUAUUGAGUUUGAAAUUAUUUGUUUAAUCAUCGGAAGAAGCUUUAUUAAAUAGGUUAUAGAGUCAAAAUAUUUACAGUAUUUUUUAUAUAUAGAUCAUGUUAAUUUAUGAUAUGUGCAUUGUAAUAUAGCAAUUGUUAUACAAAUUAAGGAAAAUUAUGUUUUUUUGGUUAAAAUAGCAAGUUGAAUUUAUACAUGAUCCAGUUUAAUGAUGGUGUUAUUAGUCCAAGGAGUGAAGAUGGGUGGUGAUCAGUGUUAAUUUGAAAUGUUCUUUACAUGUGAAAAUUUUUUUUGACUGUUUUCAAUGUGACAAUGAACAAAACUUAUGCUUGGGGAGUAGACAGAGCAUAAAUCUCCCAGGCAUUAGUCAGAUAUAUAUUACUGAUCUGAUUUGUAUUGUCCACCGAGAACAUCAUACAUGAAACUGUUGGAUUUUGGGCACUAUAAUGGAAUUUUCAAUCUCAAUAAACUUCACCAACAGCUGUAUACUUUAA